UCUUACGGUCUUAGAACGAGCCUGAUUCUGAAUCUAAUGGCAGUUUCCUCUCUCCGAAGGUCACCCCGGGUUGGACCGGUUGCCCCGCCGAGCGACUCCUGCACUGUGAACCCCGCCGCAUCCCAUCGCCUGCGCUCGGCGAUCAGAUAAGCCCCGUCCUCUCUGGACAAUUAGAUGCAUCUGCGCUGAGACUGCGGGUUGUCAGAGAUGUCCAUCAGUGAUAACGGUGUUUACCAGAGUGCUUGAUCCUCGCUAAUGAAAUCACUCUGAAUCCUGCCCCGGGGGGCUGAGGGCUCCGCGGCCGGAGCAUAAAUACCUCAGCACUGCCCGCCGGCCCGCAGUCGGACACGCAGCUCGCUCCGCCGUGCGACCCCCUCCCGGGACCGGUGACCGGAGACCGGACAGCGCCGGAGCGCAGCACGGCAGGAGGAUGGCGCAAGGCGCCGACAGGUACCAGCUCUUCAACCCCCGAGCCUACUUGCGAAACAACUACACGCCCCCCAGGGCCAACUUCGAGCGGGAGGACAGCGUCGUCCCCUGGAAACUCCGCUGCCUCGCUGCUUCCUUCUCCACAGGGGAGAUCCGGGGCCAGACCCUGCUGGACAUCGGCUCCGGACCCACCCUCUACCAGGUCAUCAGCGCCUGCGACUUCUUCACCACCGUCAUCCUGUCCGACUACCUGGAGAGCAACCGGGAGGAACUCCGCAAGUGGCUGCGGGCCGAGGCGGGCGCCUUCGACUGGAGCCCCUACGUCAAGUACGUGUGCGGCCUCGAGGGCAAGAGUGACCAGUGGCAGGCGAGGGAGCAGAGAAUGCGGGAGACCAUCAAGGACGUCUGUCACUGUGACAUCAUGAAGGCCGAGCCCCUGCACCCGCGGGUGCUGGAGCCGGUCGACGCCAUCAGCACCACCUUCUGCCUGGAGUCCGUGUGCUCCGACAAGGCGUCGCUGGAGGGGGCUCUGAGAAACAUCACGUCCCUGCUGAGGCCCGGCGGCUUCCUGCUGAUGAUCGGGGCCCUGGGCGAGUCCUACUACCUGGCCGGGGAGGUGAGGCUCAGCGUCGUCCCCGUGGACGAAGGCUACGUGAAGGAGGCGGUGAGCAAGUCCGGCUACCGGAUCCGCGUCUUCAAAACCUACACCAUGCCCCCCGAGCUGAAAACGGGCGUGGACGACGUGACGGGCGUGUUUUACCUGCAGGCCCAGAAGCUCUGACCGGGCACGUUUCCGCCCGGAGCGCGGGGGCGGUCUCGUCCUGUCCCCUUCAGGCGCGACCAUUCGGCCCGCAAUGCCCCGCCGCCCCCUGGGGAAUGGCCCCAUCGAUCCCAGCACCCCUCUCCCGGUACACGUU